AGUAUCAUCGCCUACCUUUCAGUCUCCAAGCUCCUCUUUUCUUUUCAGUUUUCACUCGAAUCCAAAGUUUGGUCCUUUCCGUCAGAUUUUCGAUUUCUUGAUUUAGAUCUUUCCAGAGCAGAAAAAAAUGAUAAAGAGGCGGUUUUACAAGCUAGAGCAUGGUGAUAAAGACAGUGGAUCUGACUCCUCUUGCUUCUCUUCUGAUUCCGAUCCUGAAUCUGAAGAAGAAGAAGAGUCCGAGCUAUCCCAAUCCCAAUCCGAAUCCGAAGACGCCGUUGCAGAAGGUUCUGAAAGUUCUGAUGAUGAAGGAGAAGAUGACUCCCCAGCUAAUGGGGACGAUGCUGAUGUUGAUGAUGAUGAGUCCGAUGGUGAUGCCUAUCGAGGGAGAUAUGAGAAGACGUCGAUGGAAUACGGUUUGGAAGAACCACCGGAAGAGGAGGAAGAGAACUAUAUUAUGGGUUGUAUGAUUAAGUGCAAAUCGGUUUACAAGUGCAGAUAUUGCCCAAACACCAUUUGUUUGAACGAGAGGACUAUGCAAGAGCAUGUUUCAUCCAAGAAGCAUGCUCGUUCUGAGAAAUUAAUGAAGGAAGAGAAGCUCAGAACCGAUGAUGAUGAUGAUGAUCCAGAGACCCCAUCUCAGCAGGUAAAAGGGAACAGAAGAUCACAAAGAAAGGGUAAGAGAUCUCAAAAACAAGGAAAGCUCAGAAGCGAAGUGGAUAACCCAGAGACGCCAUCUCAGGAGAAGCAGGUAAAGGGAAACAGAAAAUCACGAAGACAGGGUAUGAUUUCACAAAAACAGGAAAAGGGUUCGUCGAUCACAGAUGGAGAAAAAGCACAUGCGACGCCAAAAUCUAGAAAGAAAAUGCGUCAAACUAAGGAUUGAGACUAGUGUGUAGCUCCAGCAAUAUGAAAGGUUCAUAUUCAUCUUUUCUUCAAGGAAACAUAGUUGGAGAGUGGGUUGGCUAUGAGUCAGAUCUUUUGACUUGCAAGUUUUUGUCUACAAAAUAUGUUGCUUGUAACUGAUAUAUGGUUUUGAUUAGUUGAGAUUUUGGUUAUAUACAGUUCUUGUGUUUCUGUUUUAUGCAAUUUGGAUCUUGUCUAGACUUUGUGUUGUUAUGUUCUUUUGAACCUCUCUUCCUAUUA